UUUUUUUAAUUAUUCUUAUCGGUGUGACUUGAUUUUUAAUGACCAUAAUACUUCCAGCUUCAACAAUGGGAGAAUUUAUCAAAAAAGAAUUAUGACUCAACAGCUAGAAUCAUCAAAAACGGUUAAAGUAAUUGAUUUAAUAAGUGACACAGUAACCAAACCAGACAUCAAUAUGCGGCAAGCUAUGUUCAAUGCAGAAGUUGGUGACGAUGGUUAUGGCGAAGAUCCUACAGUAAACCUUUUGGAAAGAAAAGCAUCGAUUCUUUUGGGAAAAGAAGCAGCAUUGUUUGUACCGAGUGGUAUCAUGGGCAAUUUAAUUUCAAUAAUAGCUCAUACUAGACAUCAAAUUGGAAGCGAGGUGAUAGUUGGCGACAAAAGCCAUAUUUUGCUAUGGGAACAAAGUGGAGCAUCUCAGAUUGCUGGUAUACAAAUGCGUGAAGUUAGAAAUUUAUCGGAUGGAACGUUAAAUAUGACAGAGCUACGUGAAAAAUUGCGACCAAUUAAUCCAUUAGACUUCGAAUCUUAUACAUCGUUAGUGUGCAUAGAAAACACUCAUAAUUAUCUCGGUGGUGUAGUGCUUCCUCUCGAAUGGCUCGAUCAGUUGGGAAAAUUUGUAAAAGAAAAAAACAUUCCUUUACAUAUGGACGGAGCAAGAAUUUUCAAUGCAGCUGUUCAUCUUAAAGUACCUGUAAGUCGAAUAGUUGAACACUGUGAUUCUGCCACAUUUUGUUUGAGCAAAGGACUUGGAGCUCCUAUCGGUGCGAUUUUGGUCGGAAGCAAAUCAUUCAUUGAAAAAAGCAGGCGUAUUAGAAAAGUUCUAGGUGGGUCAAUGCGACAAGCCGGAAUUGUAGCUGCAGCGGGUGUGUACGCUCUAGAUAACUGCGUGCAGAGACUAUCUGAUGACCACAAGAAUGCCAAGAAAAUUAGUUAUGCUAUCCAUCAAAUGGCGAAUCCUAAUGUGACAGUUAAUAUAGACAAAGUUGAUAGCAAUAUUAUAAUAGUAAACUUGAAUAGUUCGAUAAUUAAGCCCGCCGAUUUCUCUAAAUUGUUAUUAAAGGUAGAUAAUGAGGACGAAAAUAAUUUGAGUAAAAUAAAUACAACGGCUGUUAGAAUAUCCUAUCUAUAUGAUGGAUGCGUGAGAUUUGUUUUGCACAAGGAUAUUUCCGAAGAGGAUGUAGAUGAGGUUAUUGUUAAGAUUAAGUACGUAAUUGGAAAAAUAAGUUCCUCUAAUUAAAUUAUUUUAAUUUAUAUAAAAAACCAACAAAGUCAGUGGUAUGAAUAUUUAUAUUUAUUGAA